AUGGCUAGCCAUCUCGUCGUCCUUCUCCUCAGUAUCCACGGAGUCCUCGCCUCUGAAGGCCCUGUUGUAGAUCUUGGGUAUGCGGUUUACCAGGGAUCUUUGCAAGAGGGAUCUUCGGUUCUGUACAAUUUCUCCAACAUCAGAUUCGGUGAACCGCCGAUAGGUGAUCUUCGAUUCGCGAAACCUAUUGUUCCUAAAGGACGUAACGUGACAGUAGACAAAGGAGAAGUUGGCAGAAUUUGUCCCCAAGCGAUGGCCGCUUGGGAAGUAUACACUUUGUUCACAGGGCCAGACUUUCUGAGUGGCAAGAUCUCAACUCUGACCGAAGAACAAAGAUACGCCCUCAAAGAGCCCUCAGAUUUGAAGAUACCGAUAGACCCCAGGGAGACAGAAGAUUGUCUCUUUCUCGAUGUUAUCACGCCCGUUGAGACUUUCGAAAACUCAGCGAAGAGAUUGGCACCGGUGAUAUUCUGGCUCUCAGGAGGUGGGUAUACUACCGGUGAGAAGGGCUGGUUCGACCCCGCGGGUCUCAUCAAAGCGAGUUAUCCGUCGAGUCCGGAAGGCUUGGUCUUUGUUUCUGCAAACUAUCGACUUGGUGCUCUUGGAUGGCUUGCUGGAUCGAAACUGGACCCCGGUAAUGACGUGAAUCGACCCGGUACUGAUGAUGUGUUACUGAUGCGGAGUUCAGAGACGAUGGUAGCCAAUGCGGCACUUUACGACCAGAGACUGGCGCUUGAAUGGAUCCAAGAGAAUAUCCAUCAGUUCGGCGGCGAUCCAACUCGUGUUACUAUCAUGGGCGAGUCAGCUGGAGGUUUGUCUUUCUGGUCCAUGGAGGCGAGCUUCAACACUGACUGGAACUUGACAGGUGCCAGUAUUUAUCAUCAUCUGACCGCCUUUGGAGGUAAAGAUGAAAGAACACUCUUCCAGAGGGCGAUCCCUCAGAGCACUGGCUGGGUUCAUAUCGCGGAUGAUAAACUCGAGAAUGAUGUUGUUGACAAGUUCCUCGCUCUUGCAAAGGUUUCGGAUCUGGAAGCGGCUAGGAAACUGUCAACUGAAGACGUUCAAAAGGCUAACCGGCUUCUGAUCUCAAACUCUGCUUGGGGAACAAGUACUGCAGGCCCAUUUGUGGAUGGGCUGUACGUACCAGAGAACCCGGAUAAGCUGUUUGCAGAAGGGAGGCAUAUCCAGAAUGUAGAUCUGUUGAUUGGCUUCAACGAAGAUGAAGGACUGAUCUUCACAUCUCCAGAGUCAAGUGACGAUGCUGGGUACCGCAAGUUUCUGGAGUCAACAUACUCGAACGCCAGCCCCGAGACACUUGACCAUAUCGAGAAGACGCUCUACCCACCAGUGUUUGACGGAAGCCAUGGGUACACCAAUCAAACGGAUCGCGCCUCCAUCACAAAGGCCGAGUCAGAGUUCACCUGUAAGUAUGGGUACCUGCAGGCCGCGUACGGAAGCAGAGCCAAGAGCUACCGUUUCAACGUCUACCCCGGCCUUCACGGCAGCGAGAUGCACUAUACCUUCUACAAUGGUCCGGAUCGGAAUCCAGAGGCCGAUGAAGCUAUUGCUGUUGGGUUUCAAGAGCUUUUGACGAGCUUCGCGGUCACAGGGAACGCGACUUCGCUGGCGGCUCCUCAGGGGGUACCGGUGUACGGGGAUGAGAGGCGUAUGCUUUAUAUCGGUAACGAGGGCUUCGGUAUCGCGACGGAUGAGACUGUUCCAGAGCGCUGCAAAUUCUGGCAGAGUGGGAUUUAUCUUUGA